AUGGCCAAGUGCAAGGGUGGGGAGAAGGAAGGCAGAGGCGACAGCUUAUUGCCAGCAGAGGACAUGAUGCAGCCGGGCCUGGGCGUUAACUCCAUCCCUUUUCCCCGCAGCGGCCUGGAUCACAGUCCGGGCCUUGAGAAGGCUGCACCCUCCAGCUGCAAGCGAGCGAUCAAAAUUCUGCUAGUUUCUUUAGGUCUCUCCCCUUUAUACUCCUCCCCCCACUCCCUGUGCUACUUCCACACGGCAGUGUCUGAGCCCAGCCCGGGGCUGCCCCAGUUCAGCAUCGUGGGCUACGUGGACGACCAGCCCUUCGUCAAGUAUGACAGCAUCACGAGGAGGGGUGUGCCCCUGGUCCCCUGGAUGGAAGCGGUCCUGGAGGAGGACCCCCAGUACUGGGAGAGGAACACCCGUUUCUCACAAGGUGCGGAGUCUGUCUUCAGAGUGGACCUGGAGAUGCUGCGGGAGCGCUACAACCAGCAGAACAGCACAGGGCUCCACACCUGGCAGCUCAUGCAUGACUGCGAGGUGGGGCCAGAUGGGCGGCUCCGUGGGGGACAUGAGCAGUACGCCUAUGACGGGGAGGACUUCCUCACCCUCGACAGGGAGACCCUCACCUGGAUGGCCCGCGUGCCCCAGGCCCAGGAGAUCAAGGAGAGGUGGGAGGGCGAGACCCAUUAUGCCCAUCGCGCGAAGGACUACAUGGAGGAGGAAUGCGUGGAGUGGCUGCGGAGGUACCUGGGCUACGGCAACAAGACUCUACUAAGGACAGAGGCCCCACUGGCGAGGGUGGCACGCAAGAAGGGCCACGAGGGCCAGGAGACCCUCUUCUGCCAGCUCUACGGCUUCUACCCCAAAGAGAUCGAGGUCACCUGGACGAAGGAGGGGGAGGACCGGACAGCGGAGACCCUUACGGGGGGUGUCGUCCCCAACUCAGACGGGACCUACCACACCUGGCUCAGCAUCGAGGUGGACCCCAAGGAGAAGGGCCGCUACCGGUGCCCAUCCAACCUGGGGCUCAUUCUGGGCAUCCUCGGUGGCAUCUUGGCCGUUACCCUCCUGGUGGGGGCCGCCGGGGUCGCCUUCUACAUGAGAAGAGACCAGGGGUCGGAGACCUCCACCAGGGUGCCUGUACCUGAAGCGUAAGAAGAGAACAAAGAGGGAUCUACUCAUGAGAUCCUGGGGAUGUUCUGUCCCACACAAAGUGCUUCUGCCACCUUCAGCUCUUGUCUGUUGUUCCACCAAAUCUUCUCCCUACCAGAGGCUUCUGGUUUCCAUCUCUUUUGCCUGGAUUUUGAAGGAUUUUUCUCCUAAUAGCUUUGGGUCGAUUUUAUUUUUGCUCUGAUAUUUGAGCCGUCAGUAUUAAUGGGAAAUGAACUGAAAUAUUUGCAACCAAAGUGCUAAUCUUUUUUAAAAGAUAGGUGGCUUAUGGGUUGCUGCGUUCCUUCCUCCUCCCAUGCACUGUCUCUUUCUUACUUUACAGUAAUACAUGGGCAUGAAUUGUUGUAUGUACUAGAAAAAGCAAUGAUGCUUGGUUGGGUUAGCGGCAAAAGGAAACCGGGCCGCCAAAGAGCACGGUGGCCUAGACACCAUCAAAGUCGACACCCGCCUGAGCACGGAAUGACUCACAGAAACUGUACAAGAUCGGAAAACGUAGAGAGAGAGCUGGCCCACAGAAUCGCCAAGAGUCGGACGGGACUGAAUGGCUAAUAACAGCAGCACUUGAAAUACGACGGGCCGCACUUUGAGCUACUUCCUAAACGCUUUCAUUUGAGCUGCUGUGAUGUCAUAAAACGUUCACAAGAAUCUCAGUGUUCGGGCUGGAUGUGUUCUCAGCAGAAAGCGCAGAUCGUAACGUCUGCGUAAGGAACGGAAUGUCAGUUUAGUGAGGUGAGGAACUCCACGCUGAGGGUCUGAAGAGAAGAAUGGCCGUUGGAAGGGAAGGGGUCCUCCCAAGAAGAGCGGAUGCUGCAGCCAGGGCCUCCUGGGGGUGAUGGAGCCAUCUUCUCUCGGGAGCCACCUCUGGGUCCAGCCGAGACCACGACCCAGGUUCUGGUUCUGCCUCAGAUGAGAGGCCCAGGGGAGGGCGGGGGGAGGGGUUGCUGCCGGUAAUGAACUUCUAAGUCUUGACACUGCCAUAGACGUCUUCGUUCCUCUUUUAUUUAUUUAUAUACUUGUUUUGUUUGUGGUUGUCACUGGUGCUGCACUGGGUUUUACGAGGUUCAACUCCUAAUUUGUUUAGCUGCCGCAGUGGCCGUGUUUUGGGCCUAAAAGUGUGACAUCAGUUUUGUAAAUGAAAUGGCCUCCACUCCCAGUGCCUUCCUCAACAGUCCUACCUUACAGGGCUUCCCCAGAACGACCACAUCGGGAAUCCUUCAGCAUCUCCUGGAAAGUUAUUCUGUAGGGACAGAACCACCACGGGCAGCAGUAGAAUGGAUGGAGGUGGAAUUAUUAGUCGGGUUGCCAGCUGAGCUGGAGAAAAAAAGGAUAUCCUGUCUUUGAAUAGGGUCUGAAUGGGUAUUAUUUAUCAGCCGGUGAGUGGGUAUUAAUUGCCAGCCGGUAUUAUUUACCUACCAGCCAAAAUUCCAAAAGGGACCUACAGCAGGAUCAAAAAGCUUGCAGCCCCCCUGGUUUGUCACCAUAGAAUUCUCCGGUACAAUUUUCCCUUCACGUAUCGGCAGGAGUGAGCUUGGGACACCCAAAAGCUGACCCAAAUAAAUGUUGUUACUCUUCUCGGGCCCUUGGGCUCUGUUUUGUUUAUG